CGUGUGCGCCGGCCACGGUAGUGACGCGUAUUGCCGGGAGGAUGGCGGACGCCGGCUUACGCCGCGUGGUUCCCAGCGACCUGUAUCCCCUCGUGCUCGGCUUUCUGCGCGAUAACCAGCUCUCGGACGUGGCCAAUAAGUUUGCCAAGGCAACAGGCGCUACCCAGCAGGAUGCCAAUGCCUCUUCCCUCUUGGACAUCUAUAGUUUCUGGCUCAAUAGGUCCACCAAGGCCCCAAAACGGAAGUUACAGGCAAACGGACCAGUGGCUAAGAAGGCUAAGAAGAAGACUUCAUCCAGUGACAGCAGUGAGGACACCAGUGAGGAGGAAAAAGCCCAAGGACCUCCAGCUAAGAAAGCUGCUGUACCUGCCAAGUGGGCCAGUCUGCCUCAGCAUCCUGGAAAGCCUGCAGUUAAAGCAUCAGAGAGCAGCAGCAGCAGCAGUGAAGAAUCCAGUGAUGAUGAGGAGGAGGAGGACAAACAGAAAAAACCUGUCCAGAAGGGACUUAAGCCCAAAGCCAAGACAGUCAAAGCUCCUCCCAAGAAGGCUGAGAGCUCUGAUUCUGAUUCUGACUCAAGCUCAGAGGAUGAGGCACCAAAGAACCAAAAGCCAAAGACAACACCUGUGGCAGCUAAAGCUCAGGCUAAAGCCCCAGCCAAACCAGGUAAACCAGCUCGGCCAGCACCUAAAGUAGUCAACGGCAAAGCAGCUAGUAGUAAUAGCAGCAGUAGUAGUAGCAGUAGCAGCAGCAGCAGCAGCAGUGGUGAUUCAGAGGAGGAGAAGGCAGCAGCUGUCUCUAAAAAAACUGUACCUAAAAAGCAAGUUGUGGCCAAGGCCCCAGUGAAAGCAGCUGCCGCUCCUGCCCAAAAGAGUUCUAGCAGUGAGGACUCCUCCAGUGAGGAGGAGGAGAAGAAAAAGCCCGUGAAGAAAAAACCAGGUCCCUAUAGUUCAGUACCCCCGCCUUCUGUUCCCCCAUCCAAGAAGUCCCUUGGAACUCAGGCUCCCAAGAAAGCUGCAGAGAAGCAGCAGCCUGUGGAGAGCAGCGAGGACAGCAGCGACGAGUCUGGUUCAAGUUCUGAGGAAGAAAAGAAACCGUCAGCUAAGGCAGUCAUCUCCAAAGCAACUACUAAACCAGCUCCAGCUAAGAAGGCAGCAGAAAGCUCUUCAGACAGCUCAGACUCCGACAGUUCUGAGGAUGAAGCUCUUGCCAAGCCAGCCAGUACCACCAAGAAUUCCUCAAGUAAGCCAGCUGCCACUCCCAAGCAGUCUACAGCAAAGCCAGCCACAACUUCCAAGCAGCCUGCAGGCAGUGGCCAGAAGCCUCUGACCAGAAAGGCUGAUAGCAGCUCCAGCGAGGAGGAGAGCAGUUCUAGUGAGGAGGAGAAGACAGAGAAGACUGUAGCCACCCCUAAGUCCAAGGUGAUGGCCAAAGCAGCUCCAUCUUUGCCUGCCAAGCAGGCCUCUCAGGGUGGUGGGGACAGCAGCUCUGAUUCAGACAGCUCCAGCAGCGAGGGAGAGGAGGAAGAGAAGACGCCUAAACCCCCAGCUAAAAAGAAGCCACAGAAGGCAGCGGGAGCUGUAGCCCCUUCCACACCAGCCUCUGUGAAGAAAGCAAAAGCCGAGAGGAGCAGCAGUUCUUCCUCUGAUGACUCCAGUGAGGAGGAGGAGGAAGAGGAGAAGCCCAAGGGCAAGGGCAUUCCAAGACCACAAACCCCCAAGGCCAAUGGCACCUCUGCACUGACUGCCCAGAAUGGAAAAGCGGACAGGGACAGCAACGAGGAGGAGGACAAGAAAAAGGCAGCAGUGGCAGUUGCUAAGCCAGGUUCAGGAAAGAAGUGGAAGCAGAAUGAGGCUGCUAAGGAGGCAGAGACUCCUCCAGGCAAGAAGAUAAAGGCCCAGACCCCCAACACAUUUCCUAAAAGGAAGAAAGGAGAGCGAAGGGGAUCCUCCCCAUUCCGAAGGAUCAGGGAGGAGGAGAUCGAGGUGGAUGCUCGAGUGGCAGACAAUUCCUUUGAUGCCAAGCGAGGUGCAGCCGGAGACUGGGGGGAGCGAGCCAAUCAAGUUUUGAAGUUCACCAAAGGCAAAUCCUUCCGGCAUGAGAAAACGAAGAAGAAGCGGGGCAGCUACCGGGGAGGCUCCAUCUCUGUCCAAGUCAAUUCCAUUAAGUUUGACAGCGAGUGACCGUGGGCCACCCGUGGCACAGCAGGGGUGAUGAUCUGAGACCACUCACUUUCCCUAGGGGAUGUGAGACCCCUCAGCUCCAUCAGGGGAGGGUCUUGGUGAGGAGAGCAGUUUAGAGUAGGUCUGAAGACUUUGCAUCAUAACAUCCUCUAAGGUCCUUUUCUGUGUUCGAGGUUUUGUACAGAUUUGCUUUUGAGUGUUGGGUAGCAAGGACAAGGUAAGGGGAGUGUUCUUUUUUAAAAAAAAUUGUUUUAGUUGUUCCCUCUUCCUGUUCUGUGGAAGACCUCAUACUGACAAAUUUGUAUAUUUUGUAUUAAAUCAUUUCCUAUUGAUUUUUGUUGUGGUUUUCAGAGGUGGGUUCCCACGGAUUAACAUCUUAGCUGUCUCCCAAGACGUGGUAAAGGCCACAUGUAGGAAUUUUUGUAAUUGGAGAACUCUGCCUAUGGGAGUGCUCGUGUCCACAUUUCAUCCCUCCUACCCCUCAGAGCCCUGGUGAGGGGCAGUUAAGAAUGGUUAAUGUAUGUAUCUGUUAAGCAUGAACUAUGUACUCAUUCAUGGGGUCUAAGACUGAAGUUUUCAGACAGUAUGGACUUACCCACUUUGGGGGAUAAAAUUUACUGUCUGUUUCAGGCAAAAUUCUGGUGUGGUAUGAAUGCUGUGGGGUCAGUCUGAAUAUUUUGUUUUCUGUAAUUUUAUUAUUACAUAAUGUUUGCAAUAUAUGUUUUCUAAUUUGGAAGCAUAAACUUUUUUAUUGUUCAAAGACAAUUUUUGAUUGGCUUGACCCUUAAUAGCGUUGAGUACUAAAUUGAGGGCUACAUCUUCUCAUUUUUUUACAUUUUAGGGAACAAAAUAGCAUUAAUUUAAUCUGAAAAGCACAUAUUGGUAUUUCUGUUUUGGUAGCAGUGGUGAUAGAAAAUUAGUUUCACUAACUCCUACAUGGUUGGGAAUCACUGAUCAAGAAAGUGAAAGAAGAAAACCUGUAAUUAAAAACCUCAGUCCUCAGUAGGAAUUAGGUUACACUAGUCAGGUGACUUUAUAGGUAAUCUAUAAAUGGAGGAUGAGAAGCUUUAUGAAGCAUUUUAUCUGGUAGUACUUGAGUUAGAGUGGGGUUGGGAGAGCAUCCUACCAGGAUUAUUGUGUCUUGUAGUUGGUACAUGGGAGUAGCUAAUGUGCCCCCUUCAGAACCUUGACUGUCAGUAACAGUAAAAAACCAGUGAGCAGAGACAUAUGACCCUUAGGCCAAGCAGGCUGAUUGUAAAGCUGUAGGAGAUGACUAUUGGCAGUGCUCAGCCAGGGCAGGAUGGGGCUGGGCUGUCCCUAUGUUGGGAAAGUGUGCCCUAGCUUUUUGGAUGGGGUGUAACUUAAGGUUAGCCUUCCCUUGUUUGGGUUCCAAGUAACCUGAUAACCUGGUUUUCUGUGAACUGCCUCUAGGAAGAAAAUGUGCUCUCUUCAUGCUGACAUAACAUAUUCAGUCUGCAUGGUAAAAGUUCCACAUCUUACUACAAAAUAAUAAACUGGCUGGUUUAUGUGUCUUGGGAGUUUUUUUAAUGUGAGUCCAAAGCCCUUUCACCUCCUACUUAGAACAACUUGGGUGCCAGUUAGAGGGCUAGGGUCCAGA